UCAGUACCAAAAGCGGUAACCACGAGCUACACUCGGGCUUACCAUGCGGCGCUGCAUAGGGAGUCCCUGCAGAGCUUACCUUGUCCUUCGCUCCCGCGAUGUGUCCCCUGCAGUGUCCCCGGCCAUCUCCUCCGGCCGAUGCCGGCAUCCGGCUUCUGUGUUCCUGUCCCUGUGACGUUCGGACGUACGGGCGCCGCCGGCGGCGGCGGGAAAUUUGAAAAUUUAGAAAAAAUGUCAUUUUUUUCAAAACAAAUUUCACAUAUGCUUUGUCCGGCGCCCUGUCUGCAUUUUGACUGUUCUUUC